AGAAGAAGACACGGGUUACUUAUAAUAUUGAUUACAACAUAGCAAAAAAGCUCAAGCCAUGGAAGAGAUAAAGAACCCAUCUGGGACUUCUCUUCUGGUACCAUCAGUUCAAGAGUUGGCUAAAGAGAACAUAUCUACUGUUCCACCAAGAUACAUUCAGCCUCAACAAGAACACUUGGUCAUCUAUGAAGCUGAUCCUAUCCUUGAGGUUCCAGUUAUUGACAUGAAGCGCUUGCUUUCUGUAGAAUCUGGGAUUUCAGAAUUGGCUAAGCUUCACCUUGCUUGCAAAGAAUGGGGAUUCUUUCAGUUGGUAAAUCAUGAUGUUAGUACUUCCUUGGUGGAGAAAGUGAAGUUGGAGAUUCAGGAUUUCUUCAACCUUCCAAUGUCAGAGAAGAAAAAGUUUUGGCAAACUUCACAGCAUAUGGAAGGAUUUGGACAAGCAUUUGUUCUGAGUGAAGACCAAAAACUUGAUUGGGCUGACCUUUUCUACAUGACCACACUUCCAAAACACUCAAGAAUGCCCCACUUAUUUCCACAGCUCCCUCUUCCUUUCAGAGACACUCUAGAGCUUUAUUCACAGGAAAUGAAAAAUCUUGCCAUGGUUAUUGUUGCACAUAUGGAAAAAGCUCUGAAGAUGGAGGAAAUGGAAAUGAGGGAGUUGUUUGAAGAUGGGAUGCAGUCGAUGAGGAUGAACUAUUACCCUCCAUGUCCAGUACCAGAAAAAGUUAUUGGCCUCACACCCCAUUCAGAUGGAGUAGGUCUCACCAUCCUCCUACAAGUCAAUGAAGUAGAAGGGCUCCAGAUAAAGAAAGAUGGCAUGUGGGUUCCUGUUAAACCCCUUCCCAAUGCCUUCAUUGUUAACAUUGGUGACAUGCUAGAGAUUAUAACUAAUGGGAUAUACCGAAGCAUUGAGCAUCGAGCAACAGUGAACUCUGAAAAAGAAAGGCUUUCAAUUGCAACAUUCUGCAUCCCUAGAGAAGAUGGAGUGAUAGGUCCAGCAGCAAGCUUGAUCACUGAACAAACACCAGCACGGUUCAAAAGAAUUGGAGUAAUUGAAUACUUGAGGAUCCUAUUUGCUCGUAAACUUGAAGGAAAGUCUUACCUAGAUGACUUGAGAAUAUAAAAGCAUCACCAUUCAAGCCAUUAAAAUGAUUGGCCUACUCUACUCUCAUAUGCAAUUGCUUUGUUAAUAACAAGUCAGAACAGAAUGAAGCCUCGUAAACCAUAAGGAAUAAGGCCCAGCCAAAUUGGUCAUUUUCUUUGUUGAUUAGAUAUGCUUAUGUGCUCCUCAAUCACCCUAUGGUUCUGUUCUAGCUAUAUAAUUAUGUUACGUGCAAGAUUGAAAGAAGGAACCGUUCUCAGCUUUUUUGUUAGUUUGCUAUUACCCUUUUAAUUGGGUUAAGUAACAUAUUAUUUAUAUUAUUUGUGUAAUGCGUGGGCGCUUCAAGAAUCAAUGACUAUCUCC